CAGCUGCACCUUGCAGGAGCCCCAGGAGUCUGUGUGUGAUGUGCCCGCUGACGAUGAGACAUGGCCAGGCGACGAGAUGUGACCGCUGAGAAGGGGCGGAGCAACAUGCGGCGUCCAGCCUGCAGGUCCUCGUGACAACAUGAACACGUCGUCGACGGAGAACACAUCUGUCAUCCAGGCUCCGCACGAGGCCACCUACUCCAUCACCCAAAUUGUCUUCAUUGGUACCAUAGCCGGAAUCCUGUCCGUGGUAACAGUCGUGGGCAACAUAAUGGUGAUGAUCUCCUUCAAGAUCGACAAACAACUGCAGACCAUAAGCAACUACUUCCUUUUUUCGCUGGCUGUGGCCGACUUCGCCAUCGGUCUAAUUUCCAUGCCCUUGUUCACCGUGUCCACCCUCCUCGGCUACUGGCCUCUGGGACCCCUAGUCUGCGACACUUGGCUAGCUCUCGAUUACCUCGCCAGCAAUGCCUCCGUGCUCAACUUGCUCAUCAUCAGCUUUGAUCGCUACUUCUCGGUGACCAGACCGCUCACGUAUCGUGCCAAAAGAACCACCAACCGAGCAGCCAUCAUGAUAGCAUGCGCUUGGGGUAUUAGUUUGCUGUUGUGGCCACCCUGGAUCUACAGUUGGCCAUACAUCGAAGGCGAAAGGACUGUACCUGAAAAGGAAUGUUAUAUUCAAUUCAUCGAAACGAACCACUACAUCACUUUCGGAACAGCCAUUGCCGCUUUCUAUGUUCCCGUCACAGUUAUGUGUUUUCUGUACUGGCGUAUCUGGCGGGAAACGGAAAAGAGACAGAAGGACCUGCCCAAUCUGCAAGCCGGCAAGAAGGACAGCAGCAAGCGGAGCAAUUCCAGUGUAUUCGUGUGCAGUGACGAAGCGAACAACGCCUGUUCGACGGUGGACCUGGAAGAAUGGCGAAGACCUCGGUCUGAGUCUUCGACGGGUGCCGAUACGGAUUCUGUCUAUAUGCAUAGUACAGUCUGCGUCGAUCAUCAUCGACGGAAACGACCGAGAAAAGGUGGAUGGCUGGCGGGGCUGUGGAGGGUGCGAUCGUGGUGCGUGGCGUGGUGGCACUCGGGGAGGGAAGACAGCGACACAGAAGAGGAAAGUCCGAGCGAACAGGGACAAGGGUGCAUCACUCCGGUGUCCCUGGACACGCCUCUGCAAAGCUCUGUAUCGAGGUGCACUUCUUUGAACGUCAUCAGGGACCCGUACUUCAGCACACUGUCUACACAGCGCGAACUACCACACACUCAGGCCAACAUGACCCCAACCCGUCUCGCGCCGAGGGACUCCAGGAGCCUGCCGACGGGCAACCGGCUGGCGGGCCGGUCCGUGUCCAGCGACAGCGUGUACACGAUCCUGAUCCGGCUGCCCGGCGACCCGGGCGAGGGCGCCGGCGGGUGCGCCGAGGGCGCCUCCAUCAAGAUGAUCCCCGAGGACGUGCGCACCAAGUCGCACCCCGACGUGGACUACUCCCUCAACACGGUGCACGCCAACCACCUGAACCGGCGGCCGUCCGCCAUGCCGGACAUCCGGAUCCCGCUCAACGCCAAGAUCAUCCCCAAGCAGCUGGCCGGCAAGACGCUGCUGGCCAACGCGACCAAGAACCAGGGCAAGAAGAAGAAGAAGACGCAAGAGAAGAAGGCCGACAAGAAGGCGGCCAAGACGCUGUCCGCGAUCCUCCUCACUUUCAUCAUCACCUGGACCCCGUACAACGUUCUGGUGCUGUUAAAACCGGUGACGGCGUCGAGUGCCCGCAUUCCGCCGCAGCUGUGGGAUUUCUUUUACUACUUGUGCUACAUUAACUCUACGAUCAACCCGGUGUGCUACGCUCUGUGCAACGCCAGUUUUCGGCGAACGUACCUAAGAAUCCUACAGUGUAAAUGGCACAAUAGGAACCGCGCCGCCAUGAAUCGGGGAUUUUACAAUUAAGGGGGCGGUCACCCAAAUUUGGACUUUUUACGAAUUAACGACUAUCGGAGAACAAAAUGAAAACCGCACGCUACUAGCCUUUGUAAUCUGGGUAAAGCUGGCUCCAGAUAAGAAUGCAAUUGUGCUACACAGAACUAAAACGACAGAGGGGUUUCAACACUUUUACUUGCAGCAUAACCACAGGCAAGUAGGUCCAUUCUCUGUCUAUUUUUUUACAUCGUACUUGCUCUAACAAUGUUAGAACGACUUGACGAUAUAUACCUGACGCCAUACCGACAUGUUAAUUUAAACUUGAAAACCUGAUCAAAAAAUUCUUGUGAUACUUUAAAGAGAAGGUGCUUGAAUACGAUGCACCGAAUGAACAGAACGCAUUAAACACGAGUGCACAGGUCAAAAUGCACUGCGGGCAGUAUUUUUUGUGUACAAGUUUUCCCAUUUUUCGAUCAGAGGAAACUAAUUAAUUUUUUUUACGCAUGUCGGUGGAUUUCGUGUGGCUACCCUGUUCAUUCGGUGCAUUCGACCAGCUAAAUUUAUUAUUGAUUUGUUGGAAUCAAGACUUAGUCUUUGGAAAUUAGUCAAAAGUGUUAUCAAAAAUUUUGUCCGCUAAGAAUUAUUAUUAUUAUUGCCGCAACCAGACAUCUAAGGUUCGUGGUUACUAAACUCGUCAAAUAGAAAACAUAAAAUGAUUCCGACAAUUUAGAUACAGUGUUAAAGAAUCAAAUUUUAAAGCUGACCUGACCUGACUAGUCUCCAGUGAAUUGUAAAAAUCAGAUAAUGAAAUACGUUUUUCAGUACAAAAUCAGUGAAAGCAUUGCAGAAAAAUUAAAUUAGAUAUGAAAUGAGGAAAAUCCCUUGACAAAUUUUUGCACAAAUUUUACUCUAGUGACGUUAUACGUAUCUAAUUACAUAUAUUUUUUAUUUUCUAUUUACACAGUCCAGUGGUAAGGACAACGUCGUAUAUGUAUGAAAGUUACUUAAGACAGACAGAAAAAAUUUUGACUGCAAAAUCGAAUAAUUCGCAAUCUUUUUUAAACAUAACCUCAAAAUUGCUUGAAUUAAAAUAACUUGAUUUUAGCCAGUUCGCAAUAUUGCUGAACAAACUUAAAAAACAUGGCAAAAUGACAGAUAUCCAUAGCCUACGCAACUUCAAUUAACGGCCAAUAAAUUAGAAGCUAUUUAUGUUUAUUAUUGCUUUAUUUGAGGUUUCAUAGUAUAUUAAAUAUUUACUGUCAAAUAACUUCGUUGAUUAUAUUGGACCAUAAACAUUUAUCUAUAGUUAGAGCACUUACUGGAAAUUGAAGAAUGGAUAAUACACAAAUUAAAACAAAUAUGGUUUAAACAAAUGUAAAACAAAUGUUUGUGAUUUCUAAUAAAAUAGCUGGACAGUAAUUAUUUUUUAAUAAUAAGAGUUUGAGAAUUUGAGGUAAAGUUUAUUGGUCUUUAACCAAGUCACCAAAAAAUUCAGCAAAUUUUGAAGUUUCAAAUUUCCAUGUCAUA